UCGCGAACGUAGAUAGCCCACCCCUUAUCGACACGUGAUUUUGCACAUGACAUCAUGACGGAGGUUUGCCCUGUUUGCACAUGGUGCCUGUCACGUUCCUGGAAGCACUGCCAAUGCAACCUCUUGCCAACUUCAGCUCUGUCCCCCAUCGUCGCAUAUCGCUUCACACGGGCUUGCUUGUCUCGCCAUUAUCUCGCUCUGUGGAAUCUGUAUAUACUUUAUGUUAAUAUGGAUACAUAUGUGGGUUGACUUCCCUGUAACUGGCUAGCUGACUGUUCUCCGAUGCGGAGGCGUUUGUAAGCCUUCCACGUUCUGUUUCAAAUGGCGCGCCCAGAUAGGCGCGUUAAUUUAGCGGUUGCCAGGACUAUUCCGCCAUUUCUAUUGUGCGUAUGUGUAUAUGCAUGCUAUAUUGUCACCAAGCCGUUAUGCAUUGACUACCUGAUCCGCCCUCUCCCUAAAUAUUCCCGAGGCAGUCGAGUUGGCGCUGGCAUAGCCAUUCUCGUUAUCUUCUACAUACUCAUCGUUGUCGUCAUAAUAACAUAUCUCCGGCUGUUGUAUAAUAUCACCCGCAACCCCGGCUUCCUCCCCCGAUCGUCCCCGCCGACGAAGGAACAGCAAGAAACGGAACCGUCGGAACGCCCUCAACGCAGGAAGAGAAAGCAUCGAAGGACAAGAACUGCUGAGAAGCCAGAUAAGACGGAUAUAGACAUCGAAAGAGGUGCAGACGGCAACGCUGACGGUGGUGCAAUUCCUUUGGAUAUUACCGGGUUGGAAAGUUUUUAUACAAAAGAUGUUUUUGUUUGCCAAGAGGAUGGGAGACCACUUUAUUGCUCAACAUGUUGUCGCUACAAGCCAGAUAGAGCACAUCACUGUCGAGAGGUAGACAGAUGUGUGCUUAAGAUGGACCACUUUUGUCCUUGGGUAGGAGGCGUGGUUUCCGAAACAUCGUUCAAAUUCUUCAUACAAUUCGUGUUUUAUACUCUGAUAUUCUGCGGAUUCAGUCUGAUAAUAUGCGCAACCUUUACGGCAGAGAUCAUCCAAGAUACUGGGGGCGCAAACGUUCAUCUUGCCAUUGGUAUUGGACUGAGCUCCCUUUUCGGGCUUUUCUCCUUCGGAAUGACUAUCAGCUCCUUACAGCUCGCGAUGUGGAAUCUGUCCACAAUUGAGAACCUGAACCGUUGGUCUGCAGUCUGGACUCUGGCUAUACGCGUGCCAGAUCGUAUGCUGGCAAGGCUCGGCCCCGAGUCACGAUGGGCACCCACAUUCCGCACCAUAACAUACCCACUGCCACCUGUGCCUCUAUCUCCUGAAGCAGCAAGAGAUUACCAGCCACCAGAGAAGCAGCACGUCUUUGCCAUUCUCCAAACCUUACCUGGCGAAAAUCCUUUCGACCUCGGAAGCCCCUUCAAAAACCUCCAACAGGUCCUGGGGUAUUCCAUCAUCGACUGGUUCUUACCUCUCAAGCAAAGCCCAUGUGCAGACCGCACUACAGGGGACAGUUUCUACGAACUAGGACCGGUAGUGUCCCGUCUGAAAAAGGAGGCCGGACUAAAUCCUCCAUCCGAAUCCCAACCCACUACACAGAAUGACACCGAAAGAAAACACAAGCGAAGACGAAGUUCACAUAGACAAUCGCAAGAGUGACAAAUUGGUUAAUCCAUAGAUUUCAUCGUUUGUUCCAUCAUAUACUAGCGCCCGCAUUGACCUUCCCAACCACCCAUACCAGUUUCUCUUAUUGCCCUUUUAUUUUUGUAUUUUCUUGGAUACCACCAGUCCUUUUGGCUUUCCCGACUGGUGACAUUCUCCCUUUGCAUACAUAAAUAGCUUGGGCUCUAUUCUAUCCAUACAUAACUAAUACAGACUGAGAUCCUACCUCAC